AUGGGCAUUGAAGCAAUUGAAGGGUGGCACGUGCACGUUCAUUGGCCAAAUCCGCAUCACGUGCCCGCAAUUCCCAAUGAGCGCGAGUCCUUUCCGCCCUUCUUCUUCGAAGUCUUGAAAUCUCGUGUCUUCGUCGUCUACGACGUAUCUUGUUCCUUGACAAUUCUUUCAGUGUUUCGUGCCUCUAACCCAGUGCCUGUUGUCCAGGACAUUUGUUUUCCCACGCGUUCCCGACAAUUGUCGGGAGAUUUGCUCAAGACUUGCUGCCCUAUUAGGCAGACCCUUUCUUUUGAUCAGGGGAUCCAGCUGUCGCUGGCGACAACUGCAUUGUUCCGAUCCCCCUAUCAUCAACACUGCGCCAUGGCUCGUGGCGCAAAGCGCUCCCUCGAGGAGGUCGCCAACAAGUCCGACUCCGAUGACGAGGACUACAGCGACCACGCCCAAUAUUCACGCUCGACCGGCCGAAAGUCGAAGCCAAGCCCCAAGAAAAAGUCGCGGCCCGCGGCGAAGAAGAGACGGCGCGACUCUGACGACGGUAUCACCUCCGACGAUGAAGAGCUGUCCGAGGAUCUUUCCUUCGAUGAAGUUGAAGAAGAUUCGGAGGAUGCUGAUAUCGAACGCAAUGCUCGCGGAACAGCGCGUCGCCGAACCACCCAAAGUCGUCGCCCUCAAUAUGAAGAGCCCGAAUCGGAGGAAGCGAUCAACGAUGAUGAAGAUGAAGACGAUGAAGAAGAAGUGGAGGAGCCUCGACCUGUUCCACGGAAGAACAAAGUGCUCAAGUUGAAACUUCCAGCUCAGUACUUGGAGUACCAUCGUGUGACACGUGCUCGUGGCGCUUCAGAGGAUAUAUACGCUCUUACCAACUCUGGCCGUCAUAUGGAGACCAUCAAGCGAGGCAUCCGCAGUCCAGAUGAUACCGCUACCCGCCGCCUCCUCAACAGAGGUAGCCGUGCAAAGCGCACGGUCCUCGAUGACGAAGACGAGGAAGCCGAAGAAGUCAUUGAGGAAACCACCAUUCAAGGAUCGCAAUUGGAUGCUGUGGAAAGCGACUUGCCUCAAGACGGUAUUGAAAGCAAUCACGAACCCAUUGACCAGGCAAUGGCCGAUGAAGAUGUCGUUCCCGAGUCGGAGAACGGUGACGAGAAGAACGGUCAUUUUCAAGACGAGGAUGAAAGCCCCAAGCUCCGCCGACGAAGCAAUCUUCCCCGAGAAGCCAUUGAGGAGGAUGCCAAUGGGGACACGGAACCCAACGAAGAAUCUCAACUACGCCGAUCUAGCCGCAAGCAGCCAUCUCGAAGCUCACAGCGCAAGACCAAAGAGGAGGAAAGCGACUUUGAACCAGAAGAAGAAGGGUCGAAUGAUGAAGAAGAGGAUUUGGAGUCUGAAACUGGUGCCUCGCUUGGCAAAGGAAGCCGUGGUCGUGAGGAAGCAGAGGACAGCUCUACCAGCCGACGUGCUGGUCUGCGCAGACGAAUCCCUCAAUCCCGUGCGCCUUCCGAGGAGGCAGAAGAACUCGCAGAAGAACUCGAAGACCUUCGUGGUGGCCGCUACCGCCGCCGGACCAAGCAAGAAGUUGUGUAUGAAAAGCCGCGUCGAAACCGCAAGAAUGUUGACUAUCGUCUGAUCCGCCCUGAAGUCCUUCUUCCCAACGAAGACUCUGAUCCGGAAGUGACGACUGGCUCCCCAUCCCGCCGUGGCAAGGGAGCUGGAGGUUGGCAACGCUCUUUGUUCUCAACCUCUGGCCCAUUCGGCGGUCAAGGUGCUUCAGCACUUCUCGGAACUCCUGGUAAUCCUAUUGCGGCUGGAGGAGUGGACAGUGACAGCAGUGACGACGACGGCGGACAACAGCCUGGCCUUGCUUCUGGUGGUGGAGCCACAGCGACUCAUGCUCACUCCGGAGAUACUGCUCAGCACUUGUCUGGAACGCCUGCAAACCUAGGCAAAGUCACCAACAAGCAAGCUUUGGUCGACGCAGACCCCCUGGGGGUUGAUGUCAAUGUUAACUUUGACAGUGUCGGUGGUUUGCAAGGGCACAUUGAUCAGCUGAAAGAAAUGGUUUCCUUGCCAUUGCUGUACCCUGAGAUUUUCCAGCGGUUCAAAAUCACGCCUCCUCGCGGUGUCCUAUUCCAUGGCCCUCCCGGUACCGGAAAGACGCUCUUGGCUCGAGCUCUCGCAAACAGUGUCAGCUCAGAAGGCAAAAAGGUCACUUUCUACAUGAGAAAGGGCGCGGAUGCUUUGAGCAAAUGGGUCGGUGAGGCCGAGCGACAACUUCGACUUCUCUUUGACGAAGCCCGCAAGACCCAGCCUAGCAUCAUCUUCUUUGAUGAAAUCGACGGCCUGGCUCCCGUGAGAUCGAGCAAGCAAGACCAGAUCCAUUCGUCCAUUGUCUCGACUCUACUUGCAUUGAUGGACGGCAUGGACGGCCGCGGCCAAGUGGUUGUGAUUGGUGCUACUAAUCGACCAGACUCUGUUGACCCUGCCCUUCGUCGCCCGGGCCGUUUCGAUCGUGAGUUCUAUUUUGCGCUGCCCAAUUUUGAGGCUCGACGCGCAAUUCUUGACAUCCACACCAAACAAUGGGACCCUCCUCUGCCGGAGAACAUCAAAGAGCAACUUGCAGAUAUGACCAAGGGAUAUGGUGGUGCCGAUUUGCGCGCGCUGUGCACCGAAGCUGCAAUCAAUGCCGUGCAAAGAAGGUACCCCCAAAUCUAUAAGUCCGAUCAAAAGCUCAUAAUCGACCCAAAGUCAAUUGAGGUGGCCCCCAAGGAUUUCAUGCUAGCGAUCAAGAGACUGGUGCCUUCUUCGGAACGUUCCACGUCGUCUGGUGCCACUGCGCUCCCUCCUAGCAUCGAGCCUCUGCUCCGCGAUCCACUGGCCGACAUCAGGGCUUUAUUGUCUGAGAUUUUGCCUCAGCGAAAGAAACUCACUGCACUCGAGGAAGCUCAGUUUGAGGAGCCCCAGGAUGGCGCAGGUUUCAGCCGUGAACUUCUAUUGCAGGAAUUCGAUCGCUCGCGCGUAUUUCGGCCACGGCUACUCCUUCGUGGCUCCCACGGUAUGGGUCAGCAAUACUUGGCAUCUGCACUCUUGCACGUUUUUGAAGGCCUGCAUGUGCAGGCAUUCGAUCUUCCCACGCUGCUGAGUGACUCGACUCGCUCUCCAGAGGCAACUAUCAUCCAGCUGUUCACCGAGGUCAAACGACACAAGCCAAGUGUGAUUUACAUCCCCAACAUUCAGCUGUGGUUCCAAACUGUCGGUCCUGCUGUAAUUUCUACCUUUGUGGGUCUUUUGCGGUCGGUUCCGCCUUCUGAUCCAGUCUUGCUACUUGGCAUCCUUGAUUCGGCUGAUGAUGAUGUGGAUGCCGCCCUUCUCAAGAACCUGUUCGGUUUCUCCAAGAAGAAUUUCUAUGAUCUGACUGCUCCGAGCCACGACGCUCGCCAUGAAUUCUUUGCGAAGAUCAUUGAGUACGUCAAGACACCCCCAAAGGCAUUCCCGAACCCAGACAACCGCAAGCUUCGUCAGCUAGAAGAAUUGAAAGUUGCGCCACCACCUCCUCCCAAGCCUGAGGUGCCACUCACCAAGGAAGAGAUCAAAGCUCAGAAGAAGAAGGAUAAUAACACCCUGAAUCUACUGAAACUUCGGAUCCAGCCCAUUAUGGAUCAGCUGAAGAGAUACAAGCGGUUCAGAUUUCCAUCGAUUGAAGAAGCCACAAUCCGUUACUUAUGGGAAGAAGAAGAUCCCAACAUUGUCACGAGUGACCUUCCGCCAGACCAGCAGAACACAUUCCGGCCAUAUGAAAAAGCAUACGACAAGCAUGGCGUGUUGGGUCUUCGGGAGACUGCCACGGGCAAGUUCUUCUACAACCUGGACUUCGGAACGAUCGAAAAGCGUCUUUCCAACGGGUACUACAAACGGCCCCUCGAGUUUGUAGCCGACAUCAAGCGCAUUGUCAAGGACACGCGUCAAACUGGCGACCAGGAGCGCAUACUGCGUGCCAAUGAAAUGCUGUCCAAUGUCGAAGUUGAUAUUAACACUAUCAUCGUGGAUCAGCCGGCGCUUGUGGCGGAAUUGGAUCAAGUCUAUGCCCGUCAACAGGCUCGCGAGAAAGAGGCGGAAGAGCGUGCUCGGCGCGCCGCCGAGGAGAACGAAAAUGCCCCUCGUCCCGAGCUUACCAACGAACCGCAUGGCAACACUGAAUCCGACCCAUCGACCGGCCCGGGUGAGUUGCUCCCCACCAAUGGUAACGGUCAGAAUCCAGCCUCGCGUCCUGUGACGCCCUACCAGCAGUCGAAUCUAGGCCAUGUCAACGGAGAACAUCAAGGUGGUGGUUCAGACCUCAAUGAGCUUGGUUCUCACCUCGCUGGUGUAAGCAACGACACUCAGGGGGAUGUAGACGGCGAUGUUUUUAUGUCCAACUCUGAAGAUCACUCCGGAAGCAAAGAUACCCAGGGAAGCUCGUUUGGGCCCUCUGCCCAGCCAAAGCCACCUUACUCUCACACUGCCCCGUCCCAGCAGGUUCGUCGGGAAUCCGGUCUCUCCAGCUUCUCUCAGCGGGGCCCUAUGACCCCCAUGGCUCCUGGAUCCCAGCCAGCCGACUACACCAACGAAGCGUCUACUACUCAGACAACUUCGGACAAGAAGUCCUCUGAGCAUCUUUCUCAUCAGCAAUACCACACGCAAAGCCCUAAUGCCUCCAAACUCGAAUACCCCGACCUCACCUCCUAUCCCGAUCGUGUGUCGCAGGAAGACCACCUACCAGACACACAGCAAGGCGGCAGCAGCCAGCCGUCUCCUCGUCCUCGCGACGAGUUCGAUGGCAACGAUACGCUGGAGAACAGCGGUUUGAAUGGAAGCCAGUCCAAGCCGCAGCCCCCAUUGUUCGAUGCCCCCAACAUGCAGACAACUGAUGCUCCGGCCAACUUGCAAUCCCUGCUCAGCGAAGAAGCCCACGAGCCGUUGGUCCUUGACCUUGACAUCGUUGCGCGUCUCCACAAGCUGCUGACGCUGAUGACCAGCGGCUUCUCGGUGGAGCAGCUUGAGCAGGUCAACACGAACCUAAUGGACUCGGUGUGGCACAUGCGUGCCGAGUGGAACCGCAACACCGUGGCCAAGGGCCUUUCUGAGCGGUUCAAUGCAGUCCUGGAAGACAUGCAGGAAAUGCAGGAGAUCCAUCCCAUCAGCCAGAAGACCCGGGAGGAGCUCCAGGAAGUGAGCUUCCAGUAA